AUGGCGGCCUUCAUCGCAAUCCUGAAUCUCCCCGAGAUUCCCUUGUGGCUAACCCUUGUUGUAAGUUUUUCGGCGGGCAUCGUUGCUGCAAUCAUUGUCUUCUUCUUCGUCCGUCCACUUAUUAGGAGAAGAGUUCAGAGACGUCUUGAACUUAUGGCUGCUGGCAAGUGGGAUCCAACUCACAAAAACUCCAGAGGCUCCUAUUGCAAACGAAUUCGCGAUGGAAUCCGCGAUGUUUUUUGUAAAGGGCAAAACGUUGGCGGGAGCGCUAGUACUGACGAGCAAAAAAAUGAGACUGGACCUUCAGGGGAUGGAACAAUUGGAGAUGUUGAAAUUCAAACACUGCCCCCGGUCGAUGUAGUGGAAUCCGCGAACGUGUGCAGAUCCCCUGACGCUGUUACCGUAACCUUCAAUAAUGAGACCAACCGUGCUCCAGAUGGUCAGGUCUACGACAGACCAGAGGAGGCUCAGGUGUUCGCUUUUGCACAAAUCCUUACAGCCACAUUCGGGUCAUUUGUUCAUGGUGGAAACGAUGUUAGUAAUGCUAUUGGACCGGUGAUUGGUCUUUGGAUUGUCUCCACUACUGGAAAUGUGUUGAUGACCGCCAAACCCGCUGUUUGGAUUCUCUUCUACGGUGGUGUUGGGAUCUCUGUUGGACUGUGGAUCUGGGGGCGUAAAGUCAUGGAAACUAUUGGCACAGAUCUGACUGUCAUUACGCCUUCAAGUGGUAUGUGCAUUGAGCUCGGUGCAGCGAUUACCGUGCUGAUUGCCAGUAAGGCAGGCCUCCCCGUUUCCACAACGCACUGUUUGGUCGGCUCUGUGGUGAUUGUUGGGUUCAUUCGCUCUAAGAUGAGUGUGAAUUGGCGGCUGUUUAUCAACAUUAUAUUGGCCUGGGUCGUCACGCUGCCAAUGGCUGGUGGACUUUCUGCUCUCAUCAUGUAUGUAUUCACCAAAUAUGCCUAA